AUGGUUGAUGCAAUUAAUAACAAUCCAAACUCAUCUUUCAAGGCGGCACUUUAUCCAAAGUUUGCAAGAAUGACAAUUGGUGAUGCAAAGCGUUUCUUAUCACCAGUACGUCCACCAAGACAUAAUCAGGGUUCAGCUGUUCCAGUUGGAGCCAACGAAUACUUCUUCAACUAUGUUGAUAAUAAUUAUAUAACAGGUCUCUCAAACGUUGCAGCUUUUCCAAAUUUGACUAAUGCUUCAAAUCAAAUAGCGCAUGAUCAAAAAGAGAAUCAUUCAAUUUAUCCUACAACUAAUAUAAUUAAAUUCCCUGUUUUUGAUGUCACACAGUUAUGCAGCUCAUGGGCGCCAGCUGUAACAUCUGCAAUGUCAAUAUCUGUUUCUCGCUGGGCUGGACAAUUCGUCAAUUUCUCACUUCAAUUUGUUCUUGACUGUGAUAUUCUUGGUGAUUCAUGUGUUGAACGUACACCUCUAAGCGCGUACCAACUUUUUUGGACGUACCAUCCUCCAGACUUCAAGAGUUGGGAUAGACCAGGUGAUGAAAACUCAGAAAGAGCAAAUUUUAUGCAAGCGCCACGUGCAGAUUUCAAAAGAGAAAAUUGUGAAAACAAUAGAUGUUAUACAGGUUUAACAAAUUGCGGGCGUCAUUGGGCUUUAACAGGAAAUUGUAAUCCAGGAGAUUUAGAAGUAGUAUGUCCAAUCUAUUUUCUAUACAACUGGAGAUGGAUUAAAUCACAUCUUUGGGAAGUUGGAGCUGUCACUUCUUCAAUCACGGUAUACAGUUCUUUAUUUAGCUAUAAUGGUGGCGUUUACUCAGGAUACUGGAUGGAUAAAUCUACUAUUACUACUCCUAGUACAAAUAAUGCUGUUGAUAAUACUAAUAAUGGUGCUACUAAAUCUGAUUUACAAGAAAGUUGGGGCACUAUUCUGGGAAUGCUUGAUGUUACAAUCAUUGGCUGGGGGCAGAAACAGUUGAACAUAUCCAAUGACAGUAGCAUGUAUAAGGAAAAACUCAAUCGAUGGUGGUGGGUUAUUCCACAAUUUGGAAUUAAUUGGGGUAUCAAAUACGAUAAUUGCAAUGCAGAUGGUAAAAAUUGUGUCGAUGAUUUUAAGGAAGUUAAUGACAAAAACAAUGAAAUAAAGUUGAAUUCUUUAAUAGUUACUGGAGCUGGAAUUAAUAAAACGGACUCCAAGAAUAUAUUAAUGACUGAAGUACAACAAACCGAGAUUGGUAAUGGAGGUUUCAUGAAGUUUAACAGGAGAUUUGAUGACUGCAAUAUCGAAUCAAAUGCUGUUGGUGCGGUUCCAUAUAACUUUGUGCCCCUUCCACACAGAACCCCUGAACCAACAGCAGUUCAAGAAAAUCAAUGA